AUGUUGAAAAGAACAAACCGUCAUAAUGAGAAGAUCAAAAAGAGGAAACAAAGAAAGUGAAAAUGAAGCACUGUACAAACAGUGCAUGAAUCUUCAAAAAGAUUGGGACAGUUUUAAGCAAUCCAAUUAUAAAUCAGUGAAUUUUCCUCAGAUUUCUGCAAAAUCAGACUCUUCUAGUUCUACUCUGGACAUUUUUAAACUUCUUGAAAACUCUCCAAGAAGUCUAAUGUCUUCACUGCAGGACAGCGAAUCACCACUAGAAGAAAGGCUUAAUUGGAAAGCGAAGAAGAAUGAUUUGGCUGUUGAAGAAAUACUAAGGGACAGAAAGACUGCUUUAGCCAGUGGUAAACUUAAAGGAAGACGCCUGUUCGAGGAAAAUGAUGAGAAAAGUUGUAUUAGUGAAGAGGAAAUAUGCAGUGAUUGUCUUGGUUUACUUAAACAAAUGGAUGGAAAUGAUUCCUUAAUUUCUUGCUCAUCAACCUCUACUUUUGCAACUGAAAAAGAAUCAAAAGAUCGAGAAAUUUGGAUGGUUGAAGGUAAUCUCAAGGCAUCAGUUAAUCUGCCAAAACGGAAGAGUUGGAAAACAAGUUGAAGAGGUUUUUCAACUCCCAACAUGACCUUUAUAUUGAUGUUUAAUAUUUGCAAAUACUGAAUUUCGGUAGUUGAAAUAUUGAAAAACUUGUUUGAGGAGUAUUUCGAGUGAAAUAAUCAUUUUCACUUAGAAAACUUUCAAUUGUUUAGGUGGUACUGUUCAUAUAAUUGAUGUUCAUUUUCAAUUUU